AUAAUCUUUAACAAUGAUUAUAUUUUAUUUAAUUGUCAUGUUUAUCACAACAUCAAUUAUUAUCUUUACCUUGCUAGACAAAAUAUUUUGGUCAUCAAUGUAAAUAUGUUAUGGUUCUCAAUACAGCAAAAUUUGCCUGGUUCUUUCUCUUUUCACAGAUUUGUUAUUGUGAAGGUGAAAAAGCAAAAGAGCAAAAGAAAUUAAUUGAGAAAUGGGAAAAAACUCCAUUACUGGGCCAGAGCAAUCCCGUCAUCCGCCAUAGCUCAUGAUGGUUCAUGGGACUAACUCAUAACUCAUAGUUUGUGCUAAAAAAUUGUGUGUUGAUCUAAUCUAAUGAUUACCCGCCAAAUUUAUUGCAAAACCCUACGCAAAUUCUCCAAGCAACGGUCUUUUACUAGUGAAAACCUUCAUACUUAUAACAAUGCAUACCAACUGCUCGACAAAAAUUCCCAGCCAAAUUCCGUUUCUAUUCACCGAUCCAUGCUCGAUUCUAUACACAAAAAUCUCCCAUUUCAAGCGCUUAAAAUCUUCAAGAAAAACAUUCAGUUUGAUUUUUUCAACAGCAUUGAUGAAGUUACUAUUGCCUUGGCACUCAAAUCUUGCUGUGGUGACAAAUUACUUGGGUCUCAAAUCCAUGGUUUUGCUAUUACUUCUGGACUUUAUUCAUUUAUUACAGUACCCAAUUCGCUAAUGAAUAUGUACUGCAAGUCUGGGCAGUUUACUCACGCUUUAUGUAUUUUUGAGACUUUAAAUGACCCUGAUAUUGUUUCUUGGAACACUGUGCUUUCGGGAUUUCAACGGAGUGAAGAAGCUUUAAAUUUUGCUUUGAAAAUGAAUUCAAAUGGGGUUGUUUUUGAUGCUGUAACUUACACUACUGUUCUUGCCUUUUGUUCAAGAAUUGAAGAGUUUCUUUUUGGAUUACAGUUGCAUUCUUGUAUAUUGAAAGUUGGAUUAGAUUGUGAAGUUUUUGUUGGGAAUGCGCUUAUAACCAUGUAUUCAAGAUGGGGAUGUUUAUUGGAGGCUGGAAGAGUUUUUGAGGAAAUGCAAACUACGGAUUUGGUUUCAUGGAAUGCAAUUAUAUCUGGGUAUACUCAGGCAGGAAUUUAUGGUUUAGAAGCGAUUUCGAUUUUUAUUGAAAUGGUUAGAAGAGGAAUAAAACUUGAUCAUGUUUCAUUUACAAGUGCAAUUUCAGCUUGUGGUCAUGAGAGAAACUUAGAGGUUGGGAGACAGGUACAUGGUUUGAGUAUAAAAAGAGGAUAUGGGAAACAUGUUUCGGUUGGCAAUGUUCUCAUCUCAACGUACUCAAAGUGUGAGAUUAUUGAGGAUGCUAAAUUGGUGUUUCAAAAUAUGCUUGAGCGCAAUGUAGUCUCAUGGACUACAAUGAUAUCUAUUGAUGAAGAAAAUGCUGUGUCUUUCUUUAAUGAGAUGAGAUAUGAUGAGGUUGAUCCUAAUGAUGUGACAUUUGUUGGUUUAAUACAUGCUAUAACAAUUGGCGAUUUGGUGGAAUCAGGCAAGACAGUUCAUGGGUUUUGUAUAAAGAGUGGUUUUUCAUUAGAACCAAGUGUUCAAAAUAGUUUCAUCACUAUGUAUGCUAAGUUUGGAUCUGCGGAGGACUCUAUGAAGGUUUUUGAGGAGCUUAAUUACAGAGAGAUCAUAACAUGGAAUGCUUUAAUUUCUGGGUAUGCACAAAAUGGAUUGUCUCAAGAAGCUAUCAUCACAUUCUUCUCAGCACUUGCAGAAUCAAAGCCCAACCAAUACACGUUUGGCAGUGUCUUGAGUGCAAUUGGUGCUGCUGAGGACAUAUCUUUGAAACAUGGUCAAAUGUGCCACGCUCAAAUAAUGAAACUUGGAUUCAAUAGUGAUCCCGUUGUUUCUAGUACUCUCCUUGACAUGUAUGCAAAGCGUGGUAGUAUAUGUGAGUCUCAAAGAGUCUUUGCUGAGGCACCUCAGAGAAGCCAAUUUGCCUGGACAGCAAUCAUCUCUGCAUAUGCAAGGCACGGGGAUUAUGAAUCAGUUAUGAAUUGGUUUGAAAAGAUGGAGGAAGAAGGGGUGAGACCCGACUCAAUCACAUUCCUUUCAGUAAUUGCAGCAUGUGGAAGAAAGGGGAUGGUUGAUAUGGGCCAACAUCUCUUUGAUUCAAUGAUCAAAAACUAUCAGAUUGAACCAUCAUCAGAGCACUAUGCUUGUAUGGUGGACAUGUUAGGCCGUGCAGGGAGACUAAAGGAGGCAGAGGAGCUAGUGAGUUGUAUUCCUGGAGGGCCAGGAUUAUCUGUAUUGCAAAGCUUGUUAGGGGCUUGUAGGAUACAUGGAAAUGUCGAAAUGGGAGAGAGGGUAGCUGAUGCUUUGAUAUCAAUGGAACCAACAGAGUCCGGUUCAUAUGUGUUGAUGUCCAACUUGUAUGCUGAAAAGGGACAAUGGAAAGAUGUGGCGAAGGUAAGAAAAGGAAUGAGAGAAAAGGGAGUGAAGAAGGAAGUAGGGUUUAGUUGGGUGGAUGUUGGUGAUAUUGAUGCAUCCUUGACUUUGCAUGCCUUUUCAUCAGGAGAUAAAUCCCACCCACAAUCUGAGGAGAUAUGUAGGAUUGCAGACUGCCUGGGAUCAGAAAUGAAGUUCUUAAGAGAUAGCCUCGUUAAAGAUGGAGACUUUAAAGCCCCUCAAGAGGGGAGCAGCAAUUUUGUACUGAUAGAUUUUGAAAUGUAAUUCAUGCAUUCAUUUAGUUUUUGAAGAUUUGAGCGUGCAGUUAAAUCAUAAAAA